CCCGCCCGCCCCUCCGCAGUUAGACGUUGCUCGCCUCAUUUUACGAGCAAGCCUCGACGGUUCAAGCAGGGUCGUAUAAGGUUUAUCGCCCAGAGUGACUUGGUUCAGCCGGAAUAGCAUCGCCAGAAAAAUACGACCGGCAUUAAAAUGACAACUUCGGCGUUUUGUGUGAAUUCCUUGAUAAAUUCAGGGGAGAGUGGUGCCAUCCUGAAAUCCGGCCAGCAGACAGACAUUCAUGGCUCGCCUGGACUCGCUGCCACCAAAUGUGCCAGCGGCAGUGGUAGCUUCGCCCCCAAAUUCGCCGAUUCGCCGGCACAGGCUGUCGCCGGCCACAACAUGCCGCCGGCCGCCGGGCCUCCGUCAGCUACCAACAUGUACUCGUUAGCUACCGACCAAAGCUGCUAUACCAACCCAUGGUUAUACUCAUCGGGUGAUAUGACCCACUACCCACCAAUGUCCGUUGCAGGAGUGAGUGAGGACUACGAAAACAACCCUUCGUACCCCUACGUCGGCUCCCAAAAAGGGUACGAUACAGCCCUAGUGCCCAGCUCAGGAAGCUACUACACCCUCAAUCGGCAGGCAUACGAACGAUACACAAAUCACUCUACGAAUGUUUACCACACUUCUGCUCACAAUGGCCACGGACUACCAGCCAGCUUCGCCGGCAGCUUUGCCGCGAAAUUCGUCAGCGGUACGGCCGAUACGGACAGGCAACGCUACGGCAACUUCGACUCGUACGACUCGCCCACCUUCGGCACUUCGGUGAAGGCAGGCCAACAGGGGAGCGGAAAGACCCAAACAGCGUACACAGCCGCACCAGCCACGGGGAACACGAGCCCUCCACUCGGGAAGGAAUCUUCCAAGCAGACGACCACGAGUACGGAGUCAGUCACCAAGAGUGAAGACGACGACACGACGAAGACGGAUGGCACACCCAGCUGGCUCUCGGCGACCUCAGGCCGCAAGAAACGCUGUCCUUACACCAAGUAUCAGACGCUGGAGUUAGAGAAAGAGUUCCUCUUCAACAUGUACCUGACCCGGGACCGGCGGGUGGACAUUGCCAGGAUGCUGAACCUGACGGAGAGACAGGUCAAGAUAUGGUUCCAAAACCGGCGGAUGAAGAUGAAGAAAAUGCACCGCGCCCAGAUUCUGAGCUGCUGAUAGGUGGCGCCCUACACAAACACACACCCCAGGGUACGUUAAAGAUAAACAGAUGUGAAGAAGGAACAUCCCCGAAUUUAAUACCACAACUGUUGUACGUGGAUACUCUCAACUUACUCAGCCAGCGUGAUAAUGUGUUUGGUUACGGACUGUCUGACAGCACAGCAGUACUUCGGGGGAUAACUCCGUCUGUCUCGAUCUCGUGUUAAGUAUUAGUGUCAUCAGUGUAACUUGUGCGUGACUAUUAUAUGCACCGCAAAUGACUGGAUGUGAGGUGGUUUUAAGACGAAAACAUCAAGAUGGGAUAACAAAAAAAGGACUGAUUUUCUUAUUUAUAUUGAUGGAGUGACGUCUAUGGCCCUCAGAGUGAGGUUUGGUCUAGCUCCUGGGAUAAGAGGGAAGAGAAAGCACCGUUUUGCAAACAUGGAUCCCGACUACGGAACCGUUUGUCUGAGCCUUCGCGGGGAGGGGGGGGGGGGGGUUUCCACAGUGCUAAGAGUACAGGUAAAACGUACAAUUGUACAUCCUCUGGAAUGAUGAGCAUUUUGCUUUUUGGUGAAUUUCAUGGUGCAAACUUCGAGAUAGACCACGAAUUAAAAACUGUGCUGUUUUCAUUUGUCGAUUGAUGUUCAUAAUGUGUAUACAUGUAUUUAUCUUCACCAAAGCACCAGUUAUGGCGAAAUCAGUUCAUGUAAAUAUAAAAGAAAAACAGUAAUCUCCUGGUACGAAUGAUAAAUAUAAGUAUUGUCGUGGUUCAAAUUUUGUAGGUUAACAAACUUAGUAUACGUAUGCAUGUGUAACGGGGGGAGUGGUGGUUACACAGAAUACUGCCCUCAGCGGUGAAACAUGAUUUGAACUGAGCUACAAACAACAUUCUAAAAUACGGUGAUGAAUUCAAAAAAAAAAUGCGUUGCGAAUGAAAACUUUGCCAAGUAACGCUGGCUUCGUGACUCAAUUAUAAACAAAAAUGACCAAUUUUUUUUCAAACUCACGACCAGGACUUUUUGAUUUAAGUUUCGGACAACGGGCUAUAUAAUAAUUGUAUUGUAUUCAUUCAUAUGCGCAUAAAUGAAAAAAAUAUUGGUGCUCACUACUUGUACCUUUUCCAAGCGUAAAAAAUGAAUUAAAUUCAAAGGCUGUAACGAUGAUGCUGUAGAUUUGAUCACAAACCUUCCUUUCCAGCAAUGUUUUGCUUCUUUUGAUUUUCUUUUAACAGGUAGUCAAAUUUGAAUUCUCAUGGGGGCGCUGUUUAAAGCGACCGAGUUGUCUAAAAUUCUGACUUCUUGUGUCAUAAAGUAAUCGAUAGAGCGAUGCAGACAAUCGGAAAUGCCAUUGUAAGAGAACCUACAUUCAUGUCAGUUUUAUUGUUGCUGUCUCUUUGAAUUUGUCAGUGAACUAUCUUUCGUUAUGGUCUUGUAUCUACAUUUUAGUGGAGGAAUGUAGACGUAAAAUCAGCCUGCUUUACCAGAAGUAGGUCAGAUCUUGAUGCGAUUGACCAAAUGUUGUUAAGUGAGGGCGCCCUAUUUGUUCCUAACCUACAUAUCAGUGUAUUGGGAGCCUUUUUGUGGCCUUUCGGCGGGAAUCAACCACCUGCCUCACGCAAUCAUGCGCCGAAUACACAAGUUAAUUCCACGCUGGCCCAAAUCCGAAUAGUGAAAUAUCGAGUACAAACUGCGGCUGACACAUUUAUGACUUGGGGAAACUAUGUAAAUUACCCCGUCGGUCGGGCCUCGGGGUUCAAGUUGGUCGGGUUCGGUAUUCUCGCUAUUUGCAGUGGGAAUCAGUAUUGUUUGGUUUUGAAUUUUGUAUUUUUGCUUUUCUUUCUUCUAAUUCUGAUAUUAUUGCACGAGACGCAUUAAUGCAUCUAAUAGAUCUUUGCAUGCACAUGAACACCAUUGAAUGUGAACAAGGUUGCAGUCUAAUGAAAGGUGCUUAAACGGUUAAAAGGUGCUCAAGGUGCUUAAACAUUUUCGCAUAAUAGUUGGACUAAAGGUUUAAGGAAAGACUAUAGCGCCACCACUUGAAGUAUUUCAUGUGACGGGGAGCAGUGCAGCACGCAACUUGCCCGUCGCGAUGCUCCAAAAAAUGGUUUGUCAAGAAAGAGAAAUGGAAACCAAACUAUAAAGCAAGAAACAACAUUCUCAAAUGGUGUUCCAACAGACAUACUUUCUUUGCACACCCAGUGGGACUCGGUUUUCUCAAUAUCCAAAGGUCUGUGGUUCAGCUUCGUUUAUGAAAAAUAAAAUUGACAAGAAAAAAUGUCCUAACCAGCCAACAAUAUUUCGGAAUUUCGUCUGGUUUUUGUGGGGCAUUUCUUAUUAUGAAUAUUAAUAUUAGUUAUUUCCUUCGGCUCUUGAAAUAUUUUCCUGACCUUUUCUGUAAAGGUUUCUGUCUUCUUUGUCUGUGACUGGAAAUUAAUUGAUGAGCCCACACAAGAAUGUUUCGCAUUUGUGUAAACAAAAAGUCACCCGUUGUUUUUUUUUUUCAAAACAAUGAGAAGUGAAUUAACGCUAACAUUUGGUAAGCGGCCAAAAUGGAUCAAAUCGUCGAAAGCAAGGAGGUGUUUUUUGGGUUUUUUGAAAAAAAUAUUUCAAGGGUUACCUUAUCUUUUGCAUUGACUAAACAUGGGUAGUCUCUCUAACUAUAUAUCUGUUGAUGUAUUCAUUUUAUUUCAUUGAAAAGUAGACUUAGCUGUUACUGAUAAUUCGUUUGUUCUUUUACUUUUGUUUCUCGAUGUACAAUGUAAAUACCGUGUACAUUUUGUACGUAAAGAACUGUAUGUCUUUGUAAGUGUAUAUGCGUUAAGUCGAUAAACAUGUAGAGAAAGGUUUGCCGAUAGAAUAAAAUAGUCUUAUGGAAUGAAAUUCCUUAA